AUGCAUGUUGCUUUCGAAGAGCCUGGGGAACCUGCUCUGCAAGCGCCCCAAGGUGCCAAUGCAGCUGGCGAUGUUAAAGCGGGUAGCCCCGAGUGUGCGACCUCCGAGGCGCUCCAUCCCGGCGCAUCUCCCUGGCGCCAGCUUCUGAUGGUGCUGUGGAAGAAUAUCUACAUAAAGCGCAUGCAGCGCCACUACACCACCACGCUGCUCGAGAUUGUGCUGAUGGUGGUGCUGCUGCUGGGCAUCCAGGACGACGCCGAGGUUGUUGAACCACUAGUGCGCAGAGGCGACACCUACUUUCGGCCCAUCAGCACCUAUACCUACUGGAACACGCAGCCCGACAUGGCACAGAUUACCCAGGUGUACUUUGCGCCCGUAGAGAACAGGUACCUUGCGAGAUUAACGCAUGAUGCCAUGGCGGAUCUGCGGGUGGUCCACUUGACUGGCUUCGCGACCGAAAAGGAGCUCGUGGCAGCCAUGCGCCUCCAAAACGGCACGCCUGUGCACACGGUGGCGCUGCUGUAUACGGACGUGGCUCCAGGGGACCGAGACAGCGUGCCAGUCAGCCUGCACGUCAACUUUUUCGGAGGUCGGCUACCAUUCGACGUGCGCGUCAACUAUCUAAAACGCCUUCUGUCGCAACCCGAGGGGCCCUCGAAGGAAGAGCGCUUCCCCGAGGUGAACACGCUGCUGCCCAUUAUGGGCGCCCUGCAGCAGCGGCACCUCGAGUACCAGUCAAUGAGGCACAAUCGCACCACGAGCCGGAUGCGGCCCGUGCACCUACAGCGAUUCCCGUACCCGACCUACAUAGAGCACAAGGACACCAAGAACUACGCGCUCGUACUGACGCGGUUCUGCGUCGGAAUGCUGGUUCCGUUCGCCGUCUUCGUUGCUAGACUCAGCGAGGAGAAAACGUCCGGUAUGAAAGAGAUGCUGCGCGUGGUGGGCCUCAACGAUUGCGUCUACUGGGUGAGCCACUACAUCAGUGGCUUCUUCAUGCACCUGAUCAUCGUGACCCUGAUGAUGCUCAUUCUGUGCGUCAAAAGGAACGAAGAUGGACGCGCGUUCAUCCAGUUCAGCGAUCCGUUCCUUUUGUUCUGCAUCCUUAUGUGCUUCUGCAGCUCGUGUCUUAUGCACGCCACGUUGCUCUCCAUGAUUUUCGCCAGUCCACACACUGCGGUAGCCGCUGCCAUGUUGUACUGGACCUUCAGCUGCCUGAUGCCGUUCCUCGCGCUCGAGAAUGCCGGUGGCCAGGGCUAUCACUUCAUCAAGCGAAGCCACAAAUUGGUGACGUCCGUCUUCCCCGGCAUGAGUUUGCACUGGAGCUUCCGCGUUCUCGAGCGCUUCGAGAAGUUCGUGCCCUUUGGGGCAAACUGGUCCAACUUCGCUAGCCACGCCGCCACACCUGACAACGUGACUCUUGCCGAGAUCGUGUUCGUGGGCCUGAUGUGCGACUGCUUAAUCGGAGUCGUGGUCUGGUACUUGGACAACGUAAUGCCUAUUGGGCCCGGAAUCGCCAAGCCCCUCCUGUACCCAUUCAAGAUGGAGUAUUGGCUGCCCAGUAUGACGUACCUCAAGGAGCCGUUGAGGUCGGCUAAAGAGGUUGCAAACUUCGAGCCGGAACCAAGAGAUCAAUGUGUCGCUAUAGACCUCUUUCACGUCAGCAAGGAUUACGACGGCGUGGAAGCCGUUCAUGACGUCAGUUUGCGCAUCUUCAACAACCAGAUUACCGUGCUUCUUGGCCACAACGGCGCCGGCAAGACAACGCUGCUGAACAUGAUCACCGGGUUCACUAACUCCACCUCGGGCAAUGUGCUGGUGGGCGGAUAUGACGUCAUGACGUGCACCAAGGAUGCCCGCGAAAGCAUCGCCUACUGUGCUCAGGACAACAUCCUGUUCGAUGACCUCACCGUUGAAGAGCAUCUAGUUUUCUUCGCUGUCGUUAAGGGCACCCCAUACGACAGCGUUCGGCAGGAAGUGGUCACCCUGCUGAACGAAACUGGUCUGAUUCAGUACCGCUCUGAUCUGGUGGACACGUUGUCCUUGGGCCAACAGCGACGCCUCUGCGCUGCUCUGGCCAUCGUGUCCAAACCGAAGGUGAUCAUCUUGGAUGAGCCCACGGCCAACAUGGACCCGGAGGGCCGCCGUGAGAUGUGGGAGCUUCUCCUUAAGAUUCGUAGGAGCUGCGCGCUAUUCCUCACGACCCAGCAUCUUGAUGAAGCAGACGUCCUGGCUGACCGCAUACUCAUCAUAGUGAAUGGCAGAAUUCGAUGCGCCGGCUCUCCGACAUUCCUAAAGCAGCGCUUCAACACUGGCUACCGCAUGUUAAUCUACAAGAGCCCCACUUGCGACGUGUCACGCAUAGAGAUGCUUCUGCGCAAGUAUGCACCUAAAGUGAAACUGCAGAGCGACUCCUUCAACGAGGUCACCUUCCUUCUGGGACAUACUCCCUCCACUAAACGCAUCAUCAACAUGUUUCGGGACAUCGAAAAGCAGAGCAGACACUUGGGCAUCGAGUCGCUGGGCUUGACGGUGACCUCACUCGAAGACGUCCUCAUAGGUGUCGCCGAAGAACACCACGUGCACAGCCAUAAGCUCACCGAGACCAUCAAGCAGCAUGAUGCGUCCAUGAUCGAAACCAAGGGCACCUUAGUAAACGUAAUGGCGAGCACGGUCUCCUCGAAUCCGGGAUGCGCACGCCGCAUGUGGGCGGUGUUCUGCAAGCGAGCCACCUGCGUCUCGCGGCAGCUCAAGAUCCCGCUCUUCAGUUGGCUGCUGCCCAUGAUGCUGCUCUGGCUGCUCUUCACUUUCGAGGACGUGGCACUGUACCGGAACGCCAUCGUUGCCGAACACGUGGGCAACACGCUCUCCUACAGCUUCGUCGAGCUUGUCGGCAAGGCCAACGGGUUCGCACAAGUUAGAGAAGAUGGAGUGUUCUACGUCGACUACAUACUGCCCUUAAUAAGGCCAGGCGUAACCACCGUAGAGGUCAUCCUUCCUGACGAAAACGUGGACGAGUGGCUGCUCCAGUUGGCCAAGGACGAUUUGCGUCAUUACGUCUUCAUGACGCACUUUGGCGUGCAGCUGCUGGAACAAGGAAGAACGGUUCUCUGGUACAACGGCGAGAUCCAGCACAUGGCGCUAUUGGUACUGACGCUGUUCAACAAUGGGCGCCUGCACUUCAUCACCGGUAAAACUGACGUGCUGUUCAGCUUCGAGGUGACUGUGCUCGACAGCGCCAAUGUGGGUGGUGAAGGAGAGCACGGGGAGAGCCAUGGCGCCUAUCGAGAGCUGCUGCCUCAGAUCCUGCGCUCCAUAUUUUUGCCCAUGGUGUCCAGCCUGAUGUGCAGCAAUUUUGUGCUUUUUCCGAUCACCGAGCGGGCACUGCAGGUAAAGCACCUGCAUAUUAUUACGGGAAUCGGGCCGUUCCUCUACUGGAUCACCAAUUUCGUCUGGGAUUUUAUGUUUUACAUGGGCACCGCCAUUUUCAUCUUGCCGCCCAUUGCUUACUUCCACGCCGACUCGCUGGAUUUCAACUACAUUCAACUCAUCUUUAUAUUGAAUAUACUGCACGGCUACGCUGCGCUACCGUUCAUCUACAUAUGUUCCUUCUGUUUCGACAACCCUGGCUUCGGAUUCUCUGCUCUUGCCAUCUCUACGUUUAUAAUAUCGUCACUUUGCUGCACGGGUGCCGUGUUCAUGGAGCACUACGCGGAAACGCUGAACAACGUCCCACUCGUGGUCUUCAUCGAGACGAUACUCCAAAUGGCGCGGCUUCUGCCUUCCUACUCGUACUCGCGUGGCAUGACCAAAGUGCUGCAGUUGGCCACCGAAAACGCGGUGUGCCAACGCGGUGGAAAGGACCUCGAGACUGCCUGCCAAGAAAAGUCUGUCGCCUUCAAGAUGUCACUGCUGCAGUGCUGCAAGCACAUCGCUGGCCCUGACCCUUAUCGUUACGCAAUCAGCCCUCUGGACGUGCACUCGUACUCUGCUUUUUACGAAGUGCUCACCCUGUUUCUGGAAGGGCCGCUGCUUUUCGGUCUGCUAGUGUACGCCGACUACUACUUGCUGCGCCAACUAGACCGACACUUGACUGCUCCCGAGGCCGAAAACAAUCUGCGCCUCCUAGUCCCGCCUGCAGAGCAAGGGGUCAUCGGAGGAUUAUCGCUCUCCAAGCCGGCCGUCAAGCACCACGAGGACACAGAUGUUGUGGAUGAAGACAAACUUGUAGCGAAUCUUGUCCAGAAUCCGGUGACACCUUCGCCUAUUCCACAGGCGUUGACAAACCAGCCUUCCAAAUCACAGACCCAGUUGCAGGCGAAGCAGCAACCAAAGAUGCCGUCCCAGGUUCCAGACAGCAUGCAGCCGGCCAUGGUGGUGUACCGCCUCCACAAGGCUUACGGUUACCUGGAAGGCCACAUUGUGCUACAGGGCCUGAGCUUCAGCGUGCGCUCGGGCGAGUGCUUCGGCCUUCUCGGAGUCAAUGGUGCUGGAAAGACCACCACCUUCAAGAUACUGACGGGCGAAAUCCUGCCGCAGGAGGGUGAUGCAUACAUUGGUGGCGUGUCCGUCGUGCGUAAUGUGUACGAGUUUCAGAGCCACCUCGGCUACUGCCCGCAAAGCAACGCCCUGCUGGAUGCUCUGACAGGCAUCGAGACAUUGAUGCUGUACAUCCGGCUGCGCGGGAUUCAGAUCACCAUAGAAUACGUGGAGGCGUUGCUGGAGAUUUUCAAUCUAAAUGACAUCGGAGAUCAUCUAGUCGGCACGUAUAGCGCAGGGAACCGGCGCAAGCUGUGCCUGUGCGUGUCGCUCAUCGGAAUGCCGAGGAUGCUCCUGCUGGACGAGCCUUACUCCGGAAUAGGAAUCCUUUCGCGGAAGCGAAUUGUCAACUACAUCAGCUCCCUGCAGAGGCGCACGAAGAUUUCUAUUGUGCUAUCCUCUCACAGCCUCGCAGAUGUGGAGUUUCUAUGCAAUCGCAUUGCCAUUCUCGGAGACGGAAGGCUGCAGUGCCUGGGUUCGCUGGCACACCUGAAACGAAAGUUCGGCCAGGGCUACACUAUCACCGUGAAAACAUACCCGGACCGCAAACAAGACAUCUUGUAUCAGCGAGAUGUGGCCCGGGAAGUCAGGAAGAAUUUCCAAGACGUGGAGCUUAUGCACAGCUACGAGGGACUGCUUGAGUUCCGGGUAUCCCGGAUUCAGAUGCUCUGGAGCGAGAUGUUCACCCGCAUGGCAAGGAUAAAGAAGCGCUUCAAGCUGCAAGACUUCUAUAUCACCGACACUUCACUAGAGCAAAUCUUUCUCAGUGUGACGCGCAAGCAAGUGAGCGAGGCAGCCGCUGCAGCACUACGACGGACGAACAACCCAUCUGCGACCUCUCUGGGUAUAUAA